ACAAGGAAAUGAUAGAAAGCUCAAUGGGUGAACUGAGAGUGAAAGAGGCAGAAAUGGUGAGAGAAAAGGAGAACAUGGAAAAGAAGAUGGCUAGACUCAAAGAGGAAGAGGAUAGAAUGCGGGAAGAAAUAGGAAGGAAGAUGGACAACUUAAAGCAGGACAGUUAUGAAAUCAAAAGACUUAGAGAUGAAAUUGACAGUGAAAAGAACCAACUGAAUGCAAAAUUGCUUGAGUUGGAAAAAAUGCGUGAAGAACUAGAUAGAGAGAAGAAGGAAGUGAAAGACAAGAAGGAUGAAACACUGAAAGAAAAAGAUCAGUUGGAAGAGAGGCGAGGUAAGAUAAGUAAGGAGAAAGAGGAAUUGGAUAUCAGUCUUGAACUGAUGAAAAGACAAAGGGAAGACUUGACGAGCUUGAAGGCUGAAGCAGAAGCACAGACCGAGCCUAUGGAAAAUGACUGGAAGGAACAGCUCACGAAGGAAAGACAACAACUUGAAGAUGUAAAGGAGGAGAUACAGAAGGAAAAAGAAGCCUUUGAGAGAAAAAAGGGAUUGACUAUGAAAGAGAGAGAUGAGUUUGAUCUGAUGAAGUCUGAAACCCAGGGACAAUUGGAGGAAAUGGAACAAAACAAACAAGACAUUCGUGUGGAGAAGGAAAAGCUGGAUCAGAUCAAAGCUGAGUUAGAAAGACGGUCUGAAGACAUAAAUCAGGUCAUGGAUGAGACAAGACGGGAGAGGGGGAAGGUUGAAGAACUGGCUAUCCAAACUCAAAAACAAAGGGAAGAAAUGGUGGGUUUAAUGGAAAAGAACAAAGAAAAGCAGAACGAACUGGAACUCAUGAAUGACAAGAUUGAAAGAGAGAAACAAGACAUCGAAGAAAGUCGGGAUGUGCUAACAAAGGAGAGAGAGGAGCUGGAACAAAUGAGGAAUGAGACACAGCAACAGAGAGAGGAGACAGAAUCUCACAUGGAAGACCAAAGGAAAGAGAAAGAACAUUUGGAACAAAUGACGAUGGACAUGAAAAAGCAGUUGCUAGAGGUGGAUAAUGACAAGGAAAUGAUAGAAAGCUCAAUGGGUGAACUGAGAGUGAAAGAGGCAGAAAUGGUGAGAGAAAAGGAGAACAUGGAAAAGAAGAUGGCUAGACUCAAAGAGGAAGAGGAUAGAAUGCGGGAAGAAAUAGGAAGGAAGAUGGACAACUUAAAGCAGGAAAGUUAUGAAAUCAAAAGACUUAGAGAUGAAAUUGACAGUGAAAAGAACCAACUGAAUGCAAAAUUGCUUGAGUUGGAAAAAAUGCGUGAAGAACUAGAUAGAGAGAAGAAGGAAGUGAAAGACAAGGAAGGAUGAAACACUGAAAGAAAAAGAUCAGUUGGAAGAGAGGCGAGGUAAGAUAAGUAAGGAGAAAGAGGAAUUGGAUAUCAGUCUUGAACUGAUGAAAAGACAAAGGGAAGACUUGACGAGCUUGAAGGCUGAAGCAGAAGCACAGACCGAGCCUAUGGAAAAUGACUGGAAGGAACAGCUCACGAAGGAAAGACAACAACUUGAAGAUGUAAAGGAGGAGAUACAGAAGGAAAAAGAAGCCUUUGAGAGAAAAAAGGGAUUGACUAUGAAAGAGAGAGAUGAGUUUGAUCUGAUGAAGUCUGAAACCCAGGGACAAUUGGAGGAAAUGGAACAAAACAAACAAGACAUUCGCGUGGAGAAGGAAAAGCUGGAUCAGAUCAAAGCUGAGUUAGAAAGACGGUCUGAAGACAUAAAUAAGGUCAUGGAUGAGACAAGACGGGAGAGGGGGAAGGUUGAAGAACUGGCUAUCCAAACUCAAAAACAAAGGGAAGAAAUGGUGGGUUUAAUGGAAAAGAACAAAGAAAAGCAGAACGAACUGGAACUCAUGAAUGACAAGAUUGAAAGAGAGAAACAAGACAUCGAAGAAAGUCGGGAUGUGCUAACAAAGGAGAGAGAGGAGCUGGAACAAAUGAGGAAUGAGACACAGCAACAGAGAGAGGAGACAGAAUCUCACAUGGAAGACCAAAGGAAAGAGAAAGAACAUUUGGAACAAAUGACGAUG